CCACAAACACCCCCAGUGACCUUGGGUGUCUGAAAGCUUUCAAUACGUCGAGAUCAUCGGCUGCAUCGUUGGCGGUCCGCCUCCCUCAGAUCCUUCGGGAUGAUGUGCUCACUUCCCAGUCUCGCUCCACGAGAUUCUCACACGCUGUGGUACUCCUCAAACCACCAUACCAACGACUUCCCAGGUCAGCACGAGGCCAUCACCAAUGCCGACCACUUUUCUCCCAACGCAGGCUCCGGCCAGAAUUUAGGGCCACACCCAUUACGGCGGGGACAACAAGGACUUUCCAGUAGAACGCCAUUGGCGCGACUGCGUGCUGAUGAGCUCUAUAUGGAGCGCCGAAAGCAGAACGUACAAAAUUAUGGUAGCUCAUGGAUAAAACCGCCGGGAGUUGUGAAAAGCCUCCGCCAGCUCCGCGAGGAGAAGCGCGAACUGGAGGAGCACCAAGAAGCGUUGCGACGCGAACAACUUGCCCAAGAGCUUGCCGAGGCUGAGGCUGCAGACGAACUCCUGCAGGGAGAAGGGGGCGAUGGGGAGAUGGAAGAAGCACGAGAUCUUGACGACGAUAUUCCUGAAGCCGACAUCACCAGGCUAGACCAGGGUGAGUCGGGCAGCGAGGACGAUUUGGACGCUGAUGAAUCUGCUGGAGCCACCAUGGCACAACGCAUUCCUGAUGAAAUGUAUCGAGAUGCGCUGGUACGCGGUAACGAAGGCCAUAGCCACGGGUAUGGGAGUGAGGGCGGGUUGGCAUCUGAAGACGAGGACGGGUCUCAAAUGCUUCAAGAGGAUGAUCUCAUCCACGAGCAAGGGCUUGACGACAAUGCGGACCUUGAUAUGGACAUGGACAUGGACGCUGAUUUGGAUAGUGGGGUUCCAGAGUCAGCUAUGGGCGGCUACGAACACACAGACACCGAAGAGGAACUAACAAGUUCAAGCGACGAAAGUGAGGGCGAGGGAGGCUUGCCUUUUGGGCGGCGGGCGAAUGAAGGUCUCCGUGAGAGCAGUGGAUUCCAGAGCAGCCCAAGGUCGAGUAACCUUGCUCCUCGCACCCUAGGAAGUGACAGGAGGAACAGUUCAUUUCGAGAGAUUGAAGACGAUGAGUCUCACCACUCAAGUCAGAGUAUCAAUUAAGUAUCAAUUAAAGAGUGAUAAUCGCGGGUUGAAUGAUA